AUGAAACGAAAUACACUAUAUAGGUUAUAUACAGUAAUGCGAUAGAAUGGUGCACUACGUGGAUUUGCCAUAACGUGACUUGUCUUGCGCAUGACUGCACCGGAGAAUGCUGUCGGUUUUUAAAACAAUGAUAUAAAACCUACGAUAAUUCAAAUCUUAUGAGAAAAUUUGUACUUUCUAAGUUAAGUCUUAUCUAAACUUAUGCAAAAUGUCAAAUCCUCGAGAGAACGAGGUACAAAAUUUAAAGGAAUUAGGAAAUGCAUGUGUUAAAGAACAAAAAUAUGAAGAGGCUAUGUUUCAUUACACUCAUGCGAUCAAAUUGGAUCCACAAAAUUAUUCUCUUUACAGUAAUCGUUCAUUUGUCUUUUUAAAGAUGCAUCAAUAUCAUUUUGCAAUGGAAGAUGCUCUAAUGACAAUACAAUUAAAACCUGAUUGGACGAAAGGUUAUUUUAGGAAAGCCGAAGUUGAAUCUCAAACUUUCCGUUUUAGCGAAGCUUUACAGUCUUACAACAAAGCACUGUCAUUGCAACCAAAUGAACCUGGUAUUUUAACAGCAAUUAAUAAAACAUCCAUGAUGCUAAUGAAGGAUAGAAGAGCUGAUCAACAAAUCCCAUGGCUCGGUGCAGGAGUUGGUAUCAUUCUUGGUGUAAUAGUUGUUAUAGCAGAUUAUGUAUUUACUAACAAGCCUACAUUGACGCAUCCAUUAUUGAUGGCCUUACUAACAAUUUCAAUCGCAAUGCUAGGAUUUUGUAUUGCAAAAGGAUUUCGUUAUUUUGUCAAAUGUCAAAGGAAAUCAUUGCUUGAACCACCAAUAGAUCUUUAUCCCGAAGACAACAAGGACAAAUUUGAGAAUAACGAAACUGAUAAAGAAAAUGAACAAGAGAAACAUCCAAAAUAUAAUAAAGCUUUAGCUAGACAAAGGUUCAAAAAAGGAAAAUCGUAGUGUGUUUCGUUAACAAAAUGUUUCAUUCUUGUUGCAUUUUUAUAUAUAAUAAUCGAAGACUUAUUGUCCAUUUACAUGUUACAUUUGAUUUAUUUAUUUAAUCUGAUUAUUUUAUCAAUGAAAUAUUCACAUACACAUUUGCACUUAUUAUACUAUCGAUAAUAAGUGUUAAACAACGGUAGAUUUUGAUAAACGUUCAUGAAUUUUAAAUAUAAUCUCUCAGUUUUUCGAUAAUGUAAUUUUUAUA